CUUCCCACCCCAUUGUGUGUCCUGCCAAAUAGCGACACUCUCAGAAAAAGAAGUUUCUUCAGGCGGAGUUGAGAGAUCUGAUAAUAGUUGCAGUCUUGUAGAUUGUUCAUACUGUCUCUAAAACCCACAACACUUCUCCAUUUUUAUAUUCUCUCUUCUCCAUAAAAGCCAUUAACGCCUUACCCAUUUAUCUGCAUUUCUCUCACCUGAAUAAUUAAUCACCAAUUCACCAUGGUUGAUUCCUACACUCUUCGCGCUUCUCAUUGUAACCCAUGUCUCAGAUUCUUCACUUGCUUGGUCUCUUACUCUUUCUUAAUGCUUCUCUUCAUUGAAUCACCACUGUCCUUUUCUUUAUCUCAAACCUUUGUUUUGCCUCUCAAAACUCAGCUAAUCUCACCUGGGUCACUUCCUAGAUCUCCAAGCAAGCUCCCUUUUCACCAUAAUAUAAGCCUCACGGUCUCUCUAACCGUCGGCACUCCCCCGCAGAAUGUGUCCAUGGUUAUCGACACAGGAAGUGAGCUUAGCUGGCUUCGUUGUAACAAAACGUCCACUUACCCAUCUGCUUUUGAUCCGACCCGAUCCACUUCCUAUGGACCCAUCUCAUGUUCUUCUCCAACCUGCACUAACCGGACCCAGGAUUUCACUAUACCCGCUUCCUGCGACUCCAACAACCACUGCCACGCCACUCUUUCCUAUGCCGAUGCCUCUUCUUCUGAGGGAAACCUUGCGUCUGAUACCUUCCACAUGGGAAGCUCCGACGGCUCGGAUAUGGUUUUUGGAUGCAUGGAUUCUGUUUUCAGUUCUAACUCCGAUGAAGACUCUAAGAACACCGGGUUGAUGGGUAUGAACCGUGGGUCACUGUCCUUUGUUUCUCAAAUGGGUUUCCCGAAAUUUUCUUAUUGCAUUUCCGCCACUGAUUUCUCCGGCCUCUUACUUCUCGGCGAAUCCAAUUUAACGUGGAUGGUGCCAUUGAAUUAUACCCCAUUAAUCCAAAUUUCGACCCCAUUGCCCUACUUUGAUCGGGUUGCCUACACAGUUCAGCUUGAAGGGAUCAAGGUGUCCGAUAAGUUGCUUCCGAUACCCAAAUCAGUUUUUGAACCGGAUCAUACUGGGGCAGGUCAAACCAUGGUUGAUUCGGGCACCCAGUUCACGUUCUUACUUGGUCCGGCUUACAUAGCCUUAAGGACCGAGUUCUUGAAUCAAACCACUGGGGUUUUAAGGGUUUUAGAGGAUUCGAAUUUUGUAUUUCAAGGAGCAAUGGAUCUGUGUUACCGGGUCCCGAUAAAUCAAACGGUAUUGCCCCGAUUACCCACCGUGAGUUUGAUGUUUCAGGGAGCCGAAAUGACAGUUUCGCAUGAACGGGUUUUAUAUCGAGUUCCGGGUGAAUUGAGGGGACAUGAUUCAGUGCAUUGCUUGUCCUUUGGUAACUCUGAUUUAUUAGGUGUGGAAGCGUACGUGAUUGGUCAUCAUCAUCAACAAAACAUGUGGAUGGAAUUUGACCUUCAAAGAUCAAGGAUGGGCUUGGCUCAGGUGCAAUGUGAUGUGGCUGUUAAGAGAUUCGGUGUGGGCCAAUAGGAUCCACCAAUUAAAGAGAGUUUUUUUUUUUGUUGAGAUCACACGUGUGAUUUAUCUUCUUAAGUUUUGAUGGAGUAGAUUAUUAUAAUGUAGUUCAUUUUCCAUGCCGUUAACAUGGUCUUGCAAUUUCCACCGUUGA